GUGGGCAGGAUUUGUGUUUAUCCGGAACCGCAUGCUUACAAACUGAAGAGUUGAAGUAUUACUGCGAUAGUUUUCUGAAUUUUAUUAAAUAUUAUUAAUACGACGAUGGUGUCAUUUGAAUACCGCAUCAAGAAGAUAUUUUCUUAUCUUCCAUUUAUGCUUGUAGUAAUAGAUUUGCAAUACGAAGAAGUGAAAUGCAGUAGGAAUGCAGAAGUUGAAAAUCAUCUUGAAAUGGGAAAGAAACUACUUGCUGCUGGACAGCUAGCAGAUGCUUUGUCUCACUUUCAUUCAGCUGUAGAACUAGAUUCAAAAAAUUACCUGGCUUACUACAGAAGAGCCACUGUGUAUCUUGCAAUGGGCAAAUCAAAAUCGGCACUGCCAGAUCUCAGCAAAGUGAUUGAACUUAAACCUGACUUUACAUCGGCAAGAUUACAGAGAGGAAAUUUGCUGCUUAAACAAGGCCAGUUAGAUGAGGCUGAAGAAGAUUUUAAAAAAGUGCUCCAGUCUAACCCCAGUGAUAAGGAGGAGAAGGAAGCAAAGGCCCAGCUUGUUAAAUCUGAUGAAAUGCAACGUCUCAUGGUUGAAGCAGAGACUCACUUGAGCAGAGAGGAUUACAGUUCUGCGGUUAUUCACCUUGAUAAACUAAUAGAGACUUGUAGUUGGGAUGCAGCUCUAAGAGAGCAUAGAGCUGAUUGUUUCAUAAGCCUUGGAGAACUAGGGAAAGCAAUCAGCGACUUGAAAGCAGCAGCAAAGCUGAAGAAUGACAACACACAAGCUUUCUUUAAAGUCAGUAAGAUCUACUAUCAGCUGGGAGACCACGAAAUGUCACUCAAUGAAAUCCGUGAGUGUCUAAAACUGGAUCCAGACCACAAGCAGUGUUUUGGCCAUUAUAAACAAGUUAAGAAACUAAAUAAGCAGAUCUUGUCUGCAGAGGAAUUGAUUCGAGAUGAGAGGUAUACUGAAGCUAUAAAUAAAUAUGAACUUGUUAUGAAGACGGAACCGAAUGUACUUCAUUAUACAAUGCUAACUAAAGAAAGAAUCUGCCACUGUUUGUCAAAGAAUGAAGAGGCACUUGAAGCAAUCAAAGUAUGCACAGAAGUUUUGAAUUCAAACCCUCAGAAUGUGAAUGCAUUGAAGGACCGUGCUGAAGCGUACAUUUUGGAUGAACAGUACAAGGAAGCUGUGAAAGAUUUUGAAACUGCUCGUGACCACAGUGAGAACGAUCGUCAAGUAACUGAAGGUUUGGAGAGGGCACAGCGACUUCUGAAACAGUCCGAGAGGCGAGACUACUAUAAAAUACUAGGAGUGAAGAGAAAUGCUCAAAAGAAGGAUAUUAUAAAGGCUUACAGAAAACUAGCGCAGCAGUGGCACCCAGAUAACUUCCAAGAUGAAGAAGAGAAGAAAAAGGCAGAGAAGAAAUUUAUUGACAUUGCUUCUGCUAAGGAGGUGCUCACUGAUCCAGAGAUGAGGAAGAAGUUUGAUGCUGGAGAGGAUCCUCUGGACCCAGAAAGUCAGCAAGGAGCAGGUGGAGGUCAGCACUUUUACCGGAGCUGGAACAACUUUCAGGAAUUUAACCCUUUUGGCUCAGGACCUUUCAACUUCAAAUUUCACUUCAACUGAAAUGGAAAAGCAGAAGGGUAGAGGUUGGAGUGGGACCCCUGCUCAUCUUCUCUGGCUGGGUGUUUUGUUCCAAAUGGAGGGUCAUACCUACACAAGAUGCAAUUUAGAGCUUCGCUCAAUCCAGGCCUACUUUGCUGCUUGUGUGGACCCUUCUAAAUAAUCUAAACCUGUUUUAAAGUGAGUGAAUGGUGAUGCCAAAAUUAAGACUUUUGACCUUUUGCUGGUUGCCUCGGUGUUGCUGGCUAACACUACUACUGUGCUGCUGUAUGCAUCUCGGUGGAUGUGUUUCCAACCAAAAUAAGUCAAAGCUGCUUUAUUUAUUAUAAACCAAUAUUUUGUGAGCAUAGUUAACCAGCCCUUUAUAAAUCCAAGAGAAUUGUUGCACUAGCUACCCUAGUUUAAAUACAGUAUGCACCAAUCCCCCUUUCAGAUGGCUCCAAUGGUGACAACAAAGAGAAAUCCUUCUGAAUUUUAUAUUAUCAAAUUUUACACACACACAGAUCUAAGUUAACUACAAUUACAGGACUUUUAUGCCGAUUUAUGUUGGAUAGACGUGAAUUACUUGUUACAGUUGGUGCCACACAUCAGUGUUUGGGUACUUGAGGUCCGUGGCCGGAGAGAGCCACGCCAGUCUUUGAUGUCAAGUGUAGAUAUUCUGUCUUACUUGAGGCUCUGAUGCAGGCAGCACAUUUAUACCGAUUCUUGUAUUGUUGUACCACUGGCUUAUUAAGAAACAUAUUUUAAUCUAAUUUAAGACCGAUAAUAUUCACAAAACAGAGUAUGGAGAGAACUACUAUUGUAGGUGUUCUAACUACAGAAUAUUCUUUUUGUAGUAAUUUACAAAUCUACAGCUUGCAUUAAUUAUCAGUUUAGUCCUUUUUACAAAGACAAAAGAAAAAAGUUGUGGCAACAUUUAAACGAACUUGAAGAGACACAAUUAUGUAGGACUCUUUGGAAAUGGUACCAGUUUGUGUAAUUCCUGUUGACAGACUUGAAAUUAUUGUGAGGACAUGUCAUCUUGGUGUGCGUCUCUCCUGUACUGUCGUCAUGCUAUGUGUGACCAUCUUCAGUUUGUGGCUUUUUUUUUUUUAAUGAUACUUUAAAGGUGAGUACGGUCUUGUCAAAAAAUAUGAAUUUAUUAAGAUAUAUGUAAAUGCGGCAAAAUGUUUUAUGUUCUCAGUCAUUGUUGGUUUUCUGAACAACUUAAAUGUGUGUCCUUGUGUUUUCUGUCACACCCGCGUAUUUCUCAAAGUACAGUUCUGAAUCCUUGUAUUUUAUAUGUUGAAACUGGGCAAGUAUGUAUUAGUAAUGUUUCCACGGGGUCCACUACCGGACUGUGUGUGCAGCGUCCUCGCACACUUGGAAUAAGUCACAGUAUGACUUGCUCAGAUGUUCAGAAAUGUACAAUAGAAUGUGUGGCCAUGUUGUAUUAGCUGUUUAUUGCCAAAUAUCACAUGUGUUAAGUAAGAGGAAAGUUCUAAUGCUUUGUGUAUAAUAGGAUUUGGGAAGGCCCACUUCCAAAAGGAAACAAAAAAGUGUCUAAAGAAUUGCCAGUUUGUUCAUUUUGAGCACUUUAUCAUUAAAGUAUAGUUUUUUUAAUGAAGUUAUUUAAUUGUAAUUUAAAAAUUCCAAAUUCUAAUCAUUGUACAUGUACUGGGUUCUUAUUGAACCAAAUUUUCUUGCCUUGGCAGCAUUGAGGGUUGUUUUAGCGGUGGGGAUGCACCAUUUGUUGGCCUCCUUAACUGUAGUUUUAACUUCUGGGUUGUCUUGAAUUUAAAAAGCUUUGUAAUACAAGUAACUGAAUAAAAAGUGAAUACAUCCUCUUAUUAAUAACUUUAAAAUCAUGAUAUAUUUCCACAAAGGCAAGUUCCAAGUGUUCUCAUUUUUGGGAUCUCGAUGUUAAGCAUUUCUUGUCAAAUCUCAUUUUUCUGCCUGUCCUAGAAGGUUUGGCCCAGCCCAAGCCCUUUUGGAGGGUCCGCUCUCGCACACACAACUGUGAAGCCAGCUAGAUUAACACACAACAGUUUUUCACCCACAGAAACACCCUGGUAGGCACGGAGAGAUCAUUCCAACUCCACACAAACGGGAUGCUGUAUUAGGGAGGUGGCAGCCCCAAUGUUACAUAAAUGGUAAUGUUACAUAGGAUAGUGAUACUAAAGCUACCAUUUGUUGUUACGUGUGAGUGCGUUUGUGGUCUAACAGAGCGGACACCACUUGAGUUAGUCCUACUGUUGUGCUGCGCUGCUUGACACUCGCCAUAGGAUUGUAAUUUAGCUCUGUGAUGUUUCUUGUUGUUCACUGAAGGCGAUCUUGGUGCUUACUGACACCUUUACACCUGCAACAGUGCAGUAAACAGUAAUAUGAGAGCACCUCUCACUUGAGUGACCUACCAGGAGAUCAUCUGGCCAGAGGGCAAUGGAGAAGAAUGAAAUAAAAACUCCAGCUAGCGAUUUUGGGGGUUCGAGGUGUUUAGCAGUAAAACUUCUAGCUAGCUUAGCCCACAUGGCUGCUUUCUCCUAGAACUCCUUAAGUGUAGAGAGUACUUAGCAUAUCCUCCCUUGAGACAAAUAGAAUUUUUCCACAGAAGUUGAAGAAAUAUAACUAACCAACAACACUCUAAAAUACACACAGAGAAUUAAAAAGGGAGAAAUCUUUGGACUUUGGUAAAGAGAGCAGUCACAGUGAGGCGUAUCGCCGUUGGUAUGAGGGGGCCCCCGUAGCAUUUCUCGACCCACUUCUGCUGAGUAAUUCGUUGGCCAACAUUCUCUGUCUCUUUAAUGAGGAUGUGCAGUAUUAUUGAGAGAGGCUGGCAGUUUAUCUUGAUUCUUUCCUCCACUGCUUUGUCAGGAAGGUCCCAAGUGCAUCCCACUACUGAGCCUGCCUUUCCAGUCAGCUUGUUGAUUCGGUGGGCCUCUCCUGAAGUGACGUUACCAGCCCAGCACACCAUGACAGAAUUCUAGAAGAUGUGAAGGAUGACGCUACCCACGUGUAUCGUGAGAGGCAUGCUGUAAUCCAGAGCUGCAUUGUAACGCUGUGCAAGUUCCUGAUGCCAAAGCAUCUAAAGUACUGAUCUCGCUUUUUCUCACUCCAUCCAUUGUAAGAGCUGCCUUCUUCCAUUACAAGCUGAAAGGUGGGAUGUCUGCCCAUCGUACACUCAGUCUGGGCCUGUUUAUCGCUCCCAGUGAACACAGCACACGUACCUCAGAUAGUGUGGAGGAAUGGCUGGCCAGUGUGGACCCAUUUGAACCAGGGAGAAGUGUCAAAAUCCAAAGGGCCAUUGCAGGCGGAAAGUGGACAUCCAGCGUUCCUUCAAAUACUUGAGCUGGUUUCUGAGUUGGGCUCGGCUCGCCUGAAAUGAUUUUUCCCAGACUGCUCCUGGAGAGCCACCUUUGACUUUGUGCUGUGACCGGUCUUCUCGUCCAUUGUUCAUGUUCUCAUCAUACACCAGCACGGUAAGCCUGUCUUCUCAGUCCAUCACAGUUUGUCAUCUUCAUUUUAUGUGACGUUUGUACUCUUGAAGGAUGACAUUUUAAACUGCCACAAAGUGUCCUUGUCCUUAUGAUGUGAAACUUUUACCUUCUUGUUCCUAAAUUUGUUUUUUUUGUUUUUUUUUUAAUUUGUAUUUAAAAAAAUUCUUUUUUUAUACAUGCUGGUAAGUUGUUUAAUGGAAUGACUUAAAAGGUGAAAUUGAAUUUUUAAAUGAUGAUAUGUUUAUAUACCUUGUACACAGCACCAGGUGUACCUGUUUUGACCCAUAAAACAAAAUGUUUAGAAUUGUAAUCCUGCGUUUGCAGCUCCCGCUAAGUGGUCCACACUGUCCAUCCUGCUGCUGGCCACAGGACAACCCCACCCUUUGUAGUGUGCCCUGUAGGACCCCUGAGCAGGGCUGCAGUUGGGUCAGUUCUUUUUGGUUGUACCAACUCGCCCAUGUCUCAUGCACUGCAGCUCACGUUCCCCGCUGCACACACCCAUCAUCCGGCGCGCAUCCCAGCCAUUUCAAAGUUAGGACAACAUCUGCUGCUUCUCAUUUGAGUGCCACAGUUAAUUACUGAAUUAACAGUUGCUGCUGUGAUUACAUUCUUGACAAUAUGGAGCUGCCAUUGACAUCACUGUUUGUCAUCAUGCUGUGUGUCGGCUAAGGGGCCAUUAGGGAGGUUUUGGGGGCUUGAAGGAGUUUAUUUCAUGUUCCUCCUGCUGCUGGGGUGGACGGUUGUCACUGUUGGGAUCAAAGCCGUCUCCCUGUGAUCUGGGGUUCUGUUUUAGAGAGUUCCAGAUUGGAAAAUGCAAGGAGCUAAAAGCCCAUGAGCUGUAGGUAGACUGCUGUCAUGGGGACCCGCCUUGUUGUUUCCUUGAAAUGUAAAGCAAUAUCUAAUAAAGACAUUUAUUUUUAA